CAUGCCUGCCUGUAUGCACUGCAUACAUGAUCACGCACACGUCGCAUAUUAAGCACGCAAUAUUAUAACUAACAAAACCAAGCAGUUUAUCGAUUAAGCAGCAACAAAAUGCAUCUGCCAUGUGUUGGCUAUCAUGCAUCUGGUCUUUCUUGUAUGCAUCAUCCCAUUUAUAAUUAGCGCAUUUUUUACCCCCAAAACACGAUCUCUUUAUUGGGCGAAUCGGUUUCUUCCUUUCGUUGUCACCUCACUGCCUCCGCGUCGCUUUCUGCGUAAUUCUAGCCGUCACCUUAUAAUGCGCACUUCGGAGCAAUUACCGCCGGACGAACUACCGCUUUUUGACCUUUUCCUUGAUAGCGACGUUAUGGAUGAAGAGCCUUCUAAAUCCGAUUUCGACGUUCUUCCACCGAUAGUCUUAAACGUGGAUAACGACCAGAAUCUGCUCCUUCCCGAGAUUCGUCUAGACCCCGACGACACCCGUGCGUACGACCGCUUUUACGGUCCGCCUCCACGCGGGCCUCCCGGAGGCGGUCGCGGCUUUCCCGGAGGUCCGCCACGCGGCCCGCCCGGCCCACCGCCGGGGUUCCGCGGUCCCCAACCACCCGAUCAUCGUGGACGUCCCAACUUCGGUGGACCGCCGCCGCGCGGACGGGAUGACGACCGUCGACCUCCACCGCGGGGACGGGACGAGGAGCGGCGACCUCCGCCCGGGCGGGAUAGGUCACCGCCUCCGAGGAAGGAGGCCGGAAAUUCCGACCGUAGUCCUGGCCGUCGACCGCCGCCGGGCAAUCGUCGGCCUUCGGAUUUCCGCGGUCGACCGGGGAAUGAUCGGUUGGGACGGCCGGGCGAGAGACCGCGUGAUAAGUCCCCGGCGGAAGGCGGUGAUAAUCGGGAUGAGAGUCCAGCGCGCGACCGUGAAGGCGACAACCGUUCUCGUCCAGGACCUCCCGAGCGUCCCAACGCCCGCAGUCCAGGACCGCGGCGCCGGCAGCGCCCACCAUCCCCUCCCAGCCGCGCCAACAAUCCCUCCCCGGCACGCCCCCGCCCGCCGGUACCUCUCCCCUCUAACCCCAGCGGUGAAGGCGGCGACGACGAGGAAGAGGAAUCCGAGGACGAGGAAGCCAUCCCCAUCCGCACAGGACCGCCGAUCCACACCCGCCCCACCCCCGACCCCCGGCCAUUCGGGCCGCCCACCCUCCCGCAGAUCGGGGAGCGUCCCAUGCCGCCCAUCACCACCCACCCGCUGCGGCCGACUCCGCCUAACGCGCUGGCCACGCCACCAUCCAUGUUCCACCCACCACCGCCGCCGUUCCCACACGGACAUCCACCCCGACCACCGAUGCCCCAUCACCCUCCAGGACAGCAUCCUCCAGGGAACCCGCACCAUCGACACCACCCGGGGUUCCCGCCGGCGCCGCCCCCUCCGGUCCCGACGACCCCGUCGACCACCGUCCAGACAACCUCCCAACGCCGGCAGGACGCACCGGGGAAGGAGAGUGAUGAUGAGUCCGACAGCGACGCGGAGACGACACCUAAACCGGUGACUACCCCGGCUCCGGUCGCUCUCCCGCCUCCGGUGCCUCCGCCGCCAAUCCACCAUCACAGACCCCAUCACCACCACCCGCCUCCACAACCAAUGCUCCCGCCGCCACCUUUCCAACCUCCACGGGCUUUUGUCCCACCUCCAGCUCCACCGCCACCACCUCCAACGGUUCUGGUGACCCUUCCGCCUGCGACGCUCCCUCCGGACACCCUCAAUCACCAACGCGGAGGGGUCGACGCGUCGGAGAGCGCCAACACCGUCAAGGAGAUGGGCCGGGAAGGGGACAGUCUCCGCCUCGUCUGCCCGUUGAAACCUCAACCGGAGACCCAAGCCAGCCACAUCAUCUGGACCACCCCGGAGCAGAUGGUCUUCCGGCACGGGAAAUCCGGCCGCCACAUCGUCCAACCGGCCGGCGCCCUCAUCGUCCACAACCUCCAGUCCAUCGACGAGGGCGCCUACACCUGUUCCCUGGUCCACGGGAAACACAUCGUCCGCAACGGGACGGUGGUGGUCAGUAUCGAGGACUGCAGUAUGUCGCCGUGUAUGAACGGCGGGGAAUGCGAGGACCUCGACGGGAAAGGCGGCGCCAAGCUCCAGUGCCGGUGUCCGGAGGCCUUCACGGGACGUUACUGCGAGACGAAGAAGAACAUCUGGCUCCUCCUGGUUCCCAUCAUCGGCGCCGGGAUCGCUGCCAUCGCCAUCAUCGCCCUGAUCGUCCGCUACUGGUGUUUCCGCAAGAAACCGGCGAAACUGUACCAACCUGUUCCCGUGGGCCCGGAGACGGAGGUCCCCGCGGAGGUGGCGGUGCAGCCGGUUCCCCGGAAGUCCGUCCGCGCGUCCUACGCGCCAAUGGCGGCUCCGCGGUACGACGCGGCGGUGCAGUCGCAGUGGCCGGACCAGCGACGAUAUUCGUUUAUGCGGCAUUCGGACGGGGCGCAGAUGCAGGCCGGGUACGGGCCGUUGCCGGCGCGGACCAGCUUCGUGGCGCCGACACGGACGUAUAGCCACGCGGAGCCAUGGAGGUACUCCAGCGGUGCCGUGGUUCAAUCAGAUGGUGUUCCGCAAGCUCACUUUGUGGAGAAUCCGGGAACCCAUGGUCCUAGGAUGGGGUCGAUGGCGCAGCAUGGCGUACAGCCGGAAAUGCAAAUGCCGCAGCCCACGGAUUACGCUCCCCCGUUAGCACCGCCUCCGUUUGUGGGACACGCCACCGGGCAGCGGUACCUGCCGAACGGCCAGCACCGUUUCAGCUAGGCGAAGAUUUUGCUCGGAUAUUGCAAAAUCAUCCCUGCAAUGCUGCAUCAUGUGUAUUUCGAUCUACUUAAAAGGUUUAUAAUUUCGCAGUUAUGCCGAGACUAUUUUUCAAGUUCAUGACCAGUAGUUCCUGCUUAAAAACGCUUGCGAGAUCCAUGAUGUUUGUAUGCUCUCCCUGGGAACGUGGUCAUUUUUUUGAGGUAUUUUGUUGACCUUUACGGUAAUGUUGUCUUGCACAGAUAACGUGUGCAUCAGGCAAAUAAAAAAGUUAAAACCCUGGCUGUCCUUUAUUGACCUUUCGCUGUCAUAGCCUGGAGUAAAAAAUCACGCGAAAUUUGUUAAUAAAAAAAAUUAAAAAGCACAUCAGAAAUCCUGCCUGGCAACAGCACAGUCACCAUCCCGUAAUUUUUUUCUCUUCCCUCGUCAGUUGUGCUAUUUUCCAGUUACUGGUAACUUGCCCUGAUUUGAUCGCCCGUUGUGUGUGAUUAGUGUAUACGCUGUAUUAUUCCUCGUCUCGAUUUAUCAUGCACGCCGUCGUCCGCUGCCUGUUGGCUCUCCUGCUGGUCGCCAUCCUCCAACUGGCCCCGAUACUAGCCGGCGGCGAUUGGUACUACAACAGCCCGGGCUGUCGGCAGGGAUGGGGCGGCGCCUGCUCCCCGCAGCGCGGCGACUGCAGCUGCUGUGUGCCCAACUCCCCCACGAUGCGCUGGUGCGAAGCCAACAUCCGCUAUCCCGACUGGAUGCAGUUUUAAUGUGGACUAAGCGCUGCGUGCGUGCUGUGUGUUUGUGGCAUGGUUUGUGUGCUGUUUAUCGCCCUGGUUGAUGAAAAUUAUUAAAGGUCAUACUCAGA